GAAUGUUAAGCAUUUAUUUUUCAACCAAAAUUUUAUUCCUAUUUUUCUUAACUAUUUUUACAGUUUCUAAGUGUCAUGCCUACCAACAAGCUGUAAAAUGAUCACCCUGAAUGAUCAAGAUCAACCUGUCCCUUUUAACAACUCACAUCCAGGUGAAUACAAAAUUGCGGCCCUUGUCUUCUAUAGCUGUAUCUUCAUAAUUGGAUUAUUUGUCAACGUCACUGCAUUAUGGGUUUUCAGUUGUACCACCAAGAAGAGAACCACUGUAACCAUCUAUAUGAUGAACGUGGCAUUACUGGACUUGAUAUUUAUCAUGACUUUACCCUUUCGAAUGUUUUAUUACGUAAAAGAUGAAUGGCCAUUUGGAGAGUACUUCUGUCAGAUUCUUGGAGCUCUCACAGUAUUUUACCCAAGUAUUGCUCUAUGGCUUCUUGCCUUUAUUAGUGCCGACAGAUACAUGGCCAUUGUACAGCCGAAGUAUGCCAAAGAACUUAAAAACACAUGCAAAGCCAUGCUGACGUGUGUGGGAGUAUGGAUAAUGACCUUGACCACAACCAUCCCUCUGCUAUUGCUCUAUAAAGACCCGGAUAAAGGCUCCAGCCCCGCCACCUGUCUCAAGAUUUCUGACAUUAUCUAUCUAAAAGCCGUGAACGUGCUGAACUUCACUCGACUGACAUUUUUCUUCUUGAUUCCCUUGUUCAUCAUGAUUGGGUGCUACUUGGUCAUUAUUCAUAGUCUCCUUCAUGGCAGGACGUCUAAGCUGAAACCCAAAGUCAAGGAGAAGUCCAUAAGGAUCAUCAUCACGCUGCUGGUGCAGGUGCUCAUCUGCUUUAUGCCCUUCCACAUCUGUUUUGCUUUCCUGAUGCUGGGAUCGGAGGAGAACAGUUAUAAUCCUUGGGGAGCCUUUACUACCUUCCUCAUGAACCUCAGCACGUGUCUGGAUGUGAUUCUCUACUAUAUUGUUUCAAAACAAUUUCAGGCUCGAGUCAUUAGUGUCAUGCUAUACCGUAAUUACCUUCGAAGCAUGCGCAGAAAAAGUUUCCGGUCUGGUAGUUUACGGUCACUAAGCAAUAUAAACAGUGAAAUGCUAUGAAUAAUAGAAAGGCUUUUUUUACUUCAAUCACAUUAAAAUUCACUUUACGAAUAGUCUGAGGUCAAUGAGUAUUUUGUAUAAUACUAUCAAGUCCCUUUUCUCUUGAAAAAAAUAAAUUCAUUAUCUUCGUUUAAAAAAUUUAUAUAAAACAUUUUUGCAAAUUAUU